AUGGCCCCAACAAGCGGCGUGUGCUUUUCUAAUAGCUCCGCUAUCGCAGAUUCCACCACAAAGAAUUUCAUAUCUGGAGUUACUGUUCUCAUAUCCCUGUUUGGACGUGAUGCCACAAAUCGUUUCCUAUCUCAAUCAGUCAGCAUAUUUGAUUGGUUCAUCUUUGCAUUGGCACCACUAGGGGUACCGACCGCUAUUAUUGCCGUUAUCCGCACUUCCCAAAUGCAGUUCCUCAAGAGGAUGGUUGGGUUGGCCGAGGAUAAAGUCUCUGAUGUCGAAAAGGACCUUCUGUCUUCGACUUCUGAUGAAGUGUCUGAAAUCUGGGAUGGAGAAAAGGUUAUCAGAGUCAUUCAUCCGUCUACAGUCUCGGAGCUUUUCUUUACCGGCCUAAAUGCGAAUGGCAUGGAAGAGCCAUAUGGGAUCUAUUCCUCGAAAGAAGCUAAAUGCCGUGAUGGAGUCCUGGAAACAAAGCAUGAAUGGAUGUUUGACCAUGCUAAUACGGAACUUCGGCUUUGGGACGAACAUCCUGAGUCGCAGUCAACAAUCGACUCGACAGACGAUAAGGUUUACCCGCCAAAUAUGAUGCUCAAUUUGGGACCCUAUAACAGGCUGCCAUCACUCUGGACGACUACUAUUCUGGGUAUUUUCUUGGAAGCCGUUGUGCUCAUUGUGGCCAGCCUCACAACCUUCUACCCCACCUUAGCCCAAUGUUUCAAUUCCCGAGACUGGCCGUUUUACCUUUUCGCUAUCGGUGGCGCUCUACUCUUUAUCGGCCUUGUCGCAUGUGCAGCAGGAAUUGAUGGAGCAAGUCGAGAUGUAAUCUGGAAGCCUAGAUGCCCGAAUGUGACAGUCAUGUGGCUUCAGAGAGGCUCUGAUGCUGAUGGCAAUACCUCGUACGUCAUCACCAAAAGGAUCAAAACCGACUUUAUCACCUCCCACCGUCCGUAUGGUGUACAGCCACAUGUGAAAUUUUCACCUCUAAUCAUAAGCUCGAUUACCAUUGGAUUCCUCAUGCAAGCAAUCGGCCUGUCGACAAUGCAUUGGCCACCUCAGGUGAUCCAGUUUAUCGCCACCAUAGUCAUGUUCGUUUGUAGGAGCUAUCUGCGAGGACAGGACUCUCCAGAUCGCGCCAAGAAGAUACAGACCGGCUGCUGUGAAGACUGGAUUGCGAAAAUGUUUGUUCUCAGCCCAGAGAAUCUAUGGUCGGCGCCACCAUCGGACGAUCCCGAUGUUCAUUGGAAGCUGGAAGCUCUUGAGAUUGACAACCAAGACUCUCGUUUUGGCGAAUGCAGGUGUGCGCAGAACCUGCUGCAGACACGCCGGUUUCUAGCCAAUAUGACCGAGGAAGGCGGCCAUCCCAGACUCCUAGCAUCAUCCCUUGCUUCAGCCAUUGACAUUGUCAUCCAGGCGACAUCUCAAUUCAAUAUAUGGAAGGACGUCUAAUGUUGGCCAUGGACUAUUGGACUUCGCGUGGACGAUGGAAUUCCUGAGGAAGUCGAACUCACUAUCCAGGGGACCGAAAAAGAACUGCAUGCUGAUGAAAAGGUCCUGGAGGCUCUUAUAUCCUUACUUCCCUCCAGUAUCGUCAACCCACAACACAUUGCGUGCCCAAAAAGAGGUCUAUUGUUUGUGGGUCCCAGUGACCCACGGGUUGCACAGGACCUGCGACAUUUUGGGCUUAUCAAUGACCUUGGUCUUUACCAAGUGCCACCGAUGGACCAAUCGCAGGACCUCAGAAUAUCAGUGGACAGAGACAUGAUUCCUGGGAUGGAAGAAGACUUCUUGGAGACAGCUCGU